UCACACUGCUUGUGGAAUCUGCUCCAAAUGUUUUCCAUAUUAGUUCAGAGCCUUGUAUGUUUUCGAACAGCAGCACUCGAGCAAGGUUCACACAGAGCGAGGGCUCCAGUGAGGAGGGAGGGAAGGGCAGGGCAGGGCAGGGGGUGGCAGAGAACAGUCAGGCUAAGGAGUGCAAAAGAGGCUCCAAGCAAGUAAGAAAAGAAAGAACAAAAAGACAGAGGGAGGGAGCGAGAACUUCCAGUUUGCCUCAAAGGAAGAUUAAGAACCUCAGCCCAAGUGACGAGGAAUUAUGGGGUCCGGGAAGAGUCCAGUGGGGUCCUCUGGAGGAGGCAAUGCACCCCUUGGCAAUGGGAAGAAGGGAAAAGCAGAAACCGGAGGCCCAGCUGUGGAGGAAGCCCAAAUGUGUUGUGGUUGCCGUUUUCCUUUGCUGGUCGCUCUUCUACAGCUUCUGCUGGGUAUCGCAAUAGCAGGCGUGGCCUUCCUCAUGAUGGCCAUUAGCCCCUCUCUGCUAGCAAGGGAGACACCCCACUGGGCCGGCAUAAUUAUGUGCGUGGUGUCUCUGGUGGGAUUAAUUCUCUUCUGCAUUACCAGAGUACAUGAUGAGAGAGCAUCAGCACAAUUUAUCACAAAGCUCCUCUACUUCCUCCUGUGCACAGUGGGGCUUGUCAUCUCCGUGCUGGUCAUUGCCUUUCAGUGCCACCACUUUGCCCUUUCUAAAGGCCUUACCUGCGAGGAAAUAGGAAAUGACUGCAUGUGUACCCUGGACCGUGAAGAUCCUAUUGCCCGUACUUUUAACUACAGUGGUGUGACAGACUGCAGUGCCAUCAGGAGCACACUACCAAUGUACAACCUUCUGCAGAUGGUCCUGAACCUGGCUCAGGCCAUUGUCUGCCUGGUGGGGGCCUUCAUGAUAUGGAAGCACCGCUACCAGGUGUUUUUUGCAGGGCUACAGACAGGAUCCCCUUCUGCCCAGCAGUGGCAGAAAGUUUAGGGCACUGAGACGUGAUCAUGUGGAGUGUGGGUGUGUUUGUGCAUUUAGGAAGGAAACUAUUUGCUGCAAUAUCUGCCCCAACGGCAAACGAUUGAGCAAUUGAUUGAGGCUGUGUUUGUAUUGCAAUACUACACAAUUGUGGAAAGUUUUAUGUGAUUUUUUUUCAAAGGUAUUUUUCUACAUUAGCUUUUUGAAAAUUUCCACUGAUCAAUGUAAACCAUCUUUAGCUUUGCCACUGCCAAGGAGGGUAUUUUUUAUCUCUGAAACUAGUACAUGACGCAAAACAAGACCUGUCGUUUCAAGAAAAUGAACAGCACUAUCAGUUGUUGUUUCUGCAAUGGAAACAGUAUUUUAAUUUAAUCGCCAGUCUUAAUUGUUUGCUUAGUCAAAGAAAAACACAUCAAUGUGUAAUCAUUUCAGCUAAAAUGGAAACAUUAUGCUGUUGAUGUGCAGUGAGCUUCAAGCUUCUUUUCAAUGAAAUUAUAUAUUUGUCAGACAAUUGCUGGGUUUAUUGCUUAUACAUCUUAAUCUUUAAAGCUGACAAUGGUGUGACUUUGCAACCCCCCCAAAUAAUUAAGCAUUUCUACUGCUUAUUAUAUCUUCUAAUACGUUUUUUACUUGUUUUUUUUCAUAGCCACAAGGAAAUGUUGUUGACUAUUGCCUUGCCAUGAGAUUACAAUGUAAUUACUAGUGUUAUGGGCUGGGGGGGGUUUAAAGGGGUUCUUGGACAAACAGCAGGUCACUGCCUCAAGCUACAUGAAACUGAAUAAUUCUCUUCCGUCUUUUUUUAUUUUACAAUGUAUGAUGAAUUUGCCAUAGAAGUCUAAAACUUAUUUUGAACUUGUAGUAGAGUAAAAAUUAAACAAGUAUUCAACUUGAAAACUAAUGCAUUACGCUCUGUGCUCAUCAAAAGUCAUGUCUCUUCAAAGACGUCCAUCAAUCUAGUGUUAGGAAGAGAUACAACAUGAUGCUUUGGCAUGGGAGGGAAAAAAACAGCCCUAAAUGAAUGCUUUAUAUGACUCUAAUUCUAAUUAAAGACAUUUACAUAACUCUCUCCUCAUCUUCAGAUCAAAUGUCCUUUAAAAUUGAUUAAGUGAUUUACAUGCUUUUUAGUUUCUGCCAUGAUGUCAAUGUGAAAUAAUCCUUCAUUGUAUCGUUUCCAAAAAUCAAUUCUGUGUAUCCUAUCUCAAACACAUUUGAUCAAAUAAUAUUCAUAUAAUAAUAUUACUAUAAAACUGCAACUACCAUAAAGGAAAACUUUCUCUUGUACUUUAUAAAUAAUCACUUUCCUAGCAGUGUAAAUCUCCUGAAACCUGUUAAGAACAAUGCAAAAAACAAACAAAAAAAAAAAAAAAAUUCAUUUGAAAGAAAUUAUGCCAUAUUGUUUAAAC